GCGGCGGUGGCGGCUGCGGGAUGGAGUUGAGCUCCCGGCUCCGUUGAAGACUGGCAUCGGCUGCGGCGGCAGUCGAGAGAAGGAGGGAGCGGACCAUGAAGGGGGCUCUGGGCAGUCCGGUGGCCGCCGCCGCAGCCGCCACCUCCGUGAUGCAGGAGAGUUUCGGCUGCGCGGUGGCCAACCGCUUCCACCAGCUUCUGGACGACGAGUCGGACCCGUUCGACAUCCUGCGCGAGGCCGAGCGGCAGCGGCAGCGGCAGCAGCAGCAGCAGCGCAAGAAGCGCGACGAGGCGGCGGGAGCAGCGGGAGGCGGCGGGGGCGGCGGCGGGGGCGGGGGCCGGAGACCCGCCUCGGCCGGGGCUGCGGGCCUUAGACUGAGCGGCAGCAGCGGCGGCAUCUGCGGCGGUGGCGGCGGCGGCAGCGGAGGCGGAGGCGGCGGCCGGAGGGAGUCCCAGAAAGACCGCAAGAUCUUCUCCUCCCCCUUCUCCCAGCCCGACAGCUUUGCGGGAGGCCCGCAGCCGCCCGGCCAAAAGCGAGCUGCUAAAAGAGGGGAGCAGCAGGCAUGGAAUGAGAACCGAGGAGCAGAUGUAAAACUGGAUAAGACAGAACGAAGAACUUAUAGGGAAUCUCGACCCUAUGAAAUGGAGAGACAAGUGGAGUUUACAGUGGAAAAGUUUACAAUUGGAAAGCCAGUUGAAAGAUUUGAACGGGAAAGACCAAUUAGAGGCCGUGGAGGCAUAAGAGGUGGAAUGCGAAGCAGAGGAAGAAGUGGGGGAAUGAACAGAACUUUUGAUGGUUUUGACCAAAGAGGGAAGAGAGAAUUUGAAAGACAUGGUGGUGGAAAUGAUAAAAUUGAGUUGGAACAAACUGCUCCCAUGGAAGAGACUGCAGAAAUAGAAGAGCACCAAGGAGUACCCGAAGGAGAAUCUUUGACUAAAGUUGCUGAAGUUGGGGAGCUAGUGGAAGAAUCUCAAGUUCAAGAAAUGACCUUAGAUGAAUGGAAAAACCUCCAAGAGCAAAAUCGACCAAAGCCUGAAUUCAACAUCCGGAAGCCUGAAUCCACUGUUCCUUCCAAAGCAGUGGUGAUUCACAAGUCAAAAUAUAGAGAUGAUAUGAUAAAGGAUGACUAUGAGGAUGACACCCAUGUUUUCAGGAAAGCAGCCAAUGACAUCACAUCCCAGUUGGAGAUUAAUUUUGGUAAUCUACCUCGUCCUGGGCGUGGAAGCAGAGGUAGUACACGAGGCCGAGGAAGAAUCAGGAGGAUGGAAGAAUCUGGAUCCAGACCAGAAGUUGUGACACAAAUCAUCGCUCCAAACCCAGAUGACCCUGAAGACUUUCCUGCUUUAGCUUGAAAGAGCCCUCAUUUAAUAGCACCAUAAAGUAGCUUUGGCACGGCUAUGGGAAAAGAAAGACUCUCCUUGCUAUGAGGAAGAGGGAUAGUCUCAAUCUAUGAAAACAAUAGAAGUUGCUUUUUCCCCUUGUAGUGUGAACUUGUUGCACUCUUUGGUUUGGGCGUUUGAGGUAGGUGCAGUUCCAGAGAUUCCUAGAGCAUGAGAUUCUGGAUUCGUUAAGAACCUUCUGCAAGAAGGUGAGGGACGAUGAUCAUUGUUAUACUCAAGGGAUUUCAAUAAAGCUCAAGAAUGAUGUUUAAGAUGUGUACAUAGAGAAUAUAUUGAAAUUUUUCACAAAACUAAAGAGUAAUAUAAGCUAUAAAUUAUAGUCCAUUGUUCAGGCUACACCAAGCCCUGUAGACACUGGAGGGUUGUUUUGUUUCAUUAUUAAAUUAUAUGUAACUUGGACAAAUUUAGGCAGUAACAGUUAUUUUCAGAGACCAAAAAAUUAAAAUACAAUUGAAUUAAUGGUUUUUCUUAUGUGUGUAUAAAUGUUACGGUAUUCACUGAA